AUGCAGACAGGAAUGGCUGGAAUGAGCCAGGAAAGUAAAGACGCUAUGUUAUCAGAAAGAUAUGUUGAAUUAACAGGAGCAAUUGGUGAAUCAAAAGGUGCUGCAGAAGCUAUGGCACAAGUGCAAUUAGAUAAUCUUGCAGGUGAUGUCACAUUGUUUAAAUCAGCAUUAGAAGGUGAGCUUAUAGAUGCAGCAAUUCAGAUAAUAAUGGCAUUGACAUUAGGUAUUGUCGAUUCAUUACCUAUAUUGAUAGAAAUGCUUCCAGAGAUCAUAAUCCAGAUUGUAGAUACGCUGAUUGAAAACGCCCCUAAGUUAAUAGAGGCCGCAUUAGUCGUAAUAAUAACAUUGGCAGAAGCGCUCAUGGAAAAUCUACCAAAAUUGAUAGGUGAGAUUCCAAAGAUAAUAUUUGCCAUUGUUGACAGUCUGAUCGAGCAUGCCCCAGAAUUGUUGAAAGCCGCUGUCGAAAUAGUUGGCGCUUUGGCAAUCGGUUUGAUCGAUGGCAUUGUAACAAUUGUAAACUGCGUCGCAGAAUGGUAUAAUAGUAUAUGGGAAGGGAUCACAGGAUGGUUCGAUAAUUUGAAAGAACUCGGAUCACAGGUUGUAAACAUGGUCGGAGAUGGAAUCAAAGGUGCAAUUUCAGGUGCACUUGAAUGGGGUAAAGACCUCGUACAAAAUUUCAUCGACGGUAUAAAACAGAAGUGGGAAGAUUUAAAAUCAACAGUUUCAGAUCUUGCCGGAUCCGUAAAAGAUUAUUUAGGAUUCUCAGAACCUAAAAAAGGACCAUUGAGUAACUUCCAUACAUAUGCACCAGAUAUGAUGCAAUUAUUCGCAGCAGGAAUUAAAGAGAAUGAAAAUCUUAUAACAGAUCAGAUUUCAAAGAGUUUCGAUUUUAGUGAUCAAAUGAUAAAUGUUGAUGCAAAAGCAAAUGUGACAGCAGGUGGAACGGAUGUCGAAUCUGCUGGUGGAAUAACACAGAACAUCACAAUCAAUGCACCAACAGAACUUGAUCCAAAUGAAGUUGCAAGACAAACAAGAAACGCAAGCAGAGACAUGUUGCUGGCGGCGAGAGGUAUAGCAUAA